AUGUGUGGUGUAUUAUAUCAAGAAGAUAGAAUAAUAGGAUAUUUUAGCAAAAAGCUUAGUCAAUCAGAAAUUAAUUACACAAUUAUGGAAAUAGAGUAUUUAAGCAUUGUUUCCUCAAUGAUACAUUUCAAAAAAGUAAUUCAAGGUUCGUAUGCUGAAAUUAAAACGGACAGUAAAAAUCGCGUAUUAGGAUCUAAAAACGAAACAUCAAGAAUUAAAAUAUGGAUGUUAAACAUGAAUAAAUUUGAUUAUAACAUAUUACAUGUUGAUGGAAAAGACAACAUUGUGGCAGAUAAUUUAUCUGGGUGCUACCUUAUAAAUAACGAGAAAGAUAACAACGGUUAUAUUAAAAUCAUCAAGCUACUUCAAUAA